AUGAUAAUCGAUCGUUGCUGGUCUUGUUUCUCAGUCACAAGAAUCAGGCCAGCUGUGCGGUGCACAGACAGCCUUACAGUCUCAGGAACUGGUUUUCUUACGCAGCGCGGCAAGUCAAUACCUCUCAAGUUAGAGUUCGAAUCUUGCGAGGUUCGGUUUGAAGGAUGGUUUACCCAGGUGGACCAAGCAAAGGCUGCUACACAUGCCGUGCACGCAAAGUCAAGGUUCGGAUUCCUUCUAAUGAGUGGAGGCAUGACUGAUUGGCAAGAGCAGUGCGACGAGGCGAGACCGAUCUGCAAGCGAUGCAUUAAGGGAAACCGCGUGUGUGGUGGUUAUCGCAAUCUUAAUGACAGAAAAAAGACCAGCAAGCGUUCUGGGCAGAUUCAGGAGACGUCUCGAGACUUCUCAAUGACCAAGUUGCUGGCGGAUUCCUUAGCACCCCCUGCUAGAAUCUCUGGCCAUACCCUCAUCCAGGAACGCGACAAACUGUGUGCACUUAUAGAGCAGGUCGCCCGUCUUCCGCAGGGGCAGGGUCUGCACGGUGGCUUGCUAACAGCCAUUCCGCCUAUUCUUGCUAGCUUGGGGCAGCCCAUAAUCGCAUCGUCACCACUCCCAUCUGCAUUGUCGGCGUUGUUCUUGACCCUCGUCUCAGACAAGCACAAUGAAAAGGACCGGGGCGCCAUCACCGAGGCGAUGGCAAGCUACGGCAGAGCACUUCAGCUCACUCGUCGAUUGAUGGAGCAUCUGAAUGAGGAGAGGAGAAGAGAGCUUAUCAUGACUAUUUUUGUUCUCGGAAUGUACGAGGACAUGAACAGCGAGGAUCAUAUCAGACUCACUUCCAACUCUCAUCUUGAAGGAGCAAUGGCUUUUGUUAGGUCUCAAAAGUGUAGGAGUUUUGGCGAGGACACAACUAGAAAGAUAUACAGCGCACUGCUGACUAGAGCUCUCUUCGCCUGUUUCGACGACAUCAAAAGCGACGCGCCCUUUAUAUUCACCUUUAACGACCUCCAGCUCCUUCACGCAGGCCUAUUAGCGGAAAAGAAAACCGACUUUUUAAAUCUCUACAACUCCACCCUUCUCAUUAUCCACUUGCAACUCCGGCAUCUUGAGAGAGAUGCCCGGCUAACAUUCCCUGCUAAUUGCGCCGUCGCCAUCGCCGCUGCCACAAAAGCCCAGGACCUCCUCGAAGCCAUAAUAUCCCUCGAUUAUCAAAUGGCUGAGUGGCCGAGCACACUCCUCUCAGAAUCUAGAUACAUCACGGUACAGCUAUCGCCAGAUGACAGCAUAGAUCUUUGGAGCAGGACUGCAUAUAUUUAUCCGACACUUUCAGCGGGGGAUGACUGGUCACAGUACCGCAUGCUUCGAAUCCUAGCUCACAGUCUGCGUCUGCGAGCGUAUGGCCUCCUCGCAAAUCCCUUAUACGCUCACGGUCUCGGACUUGAAGACACGCAGCUAACCAAGAUAGCCCGGGGUGUAGCGACAGCCCGGAGUGGGAUUCGUGCGCUAGCGAAUGACAUUUGUGCGUCAUUGCCGUACCAUCUAGGCUAUAAAACCGGACCAGGAUCUGGGCGGCGCUAUCCGAAUGACUCCUUCCCUGACGAAAAAUACGCGCGUCGUCUAUCAGCGUUGCAAAUAAGUUGGGCGCUGUAUGUGGCGGGGAUCGGGGAAGGUGUAGAUGCUGCGCAGAGGCUCUGGAUCUCGCGUCAGCUGGACAUCAUCAACCGCGAAAUGGAGAUCGGAAAGGCCGCCGUGCUAGCAGAGCUUGUCAGAAAAGUUGCUGUUCUGGAAGCUCAGAACACGAAUCCUGUCUAUCUUACCUCAUCGUACUAA